CAGGCCCGCCCACGGUUUCACACCGCCCAACCCUCUCCAAAACCUCCAACUUUCCUUCUCGCGCACACCCUCUCCCGUCCCAUCCGCCCCCUCCCGCGCCCGCCGCCGGCGACCGCCGGAUCUCCAACCGCCGGAUCCAGAUGCUAGUGGCAAAGGUGCUCAGGGCAGGACCAUACAUCUCUAUGUUUUCUCGACAUGCAUGCAAAAUUGCGAGAUUUUCCAGCAUUGGUUGUUCAGUUGUUUCACAAUUUAAAAAACCUCAAUUUCUGGACAUGCUCAGCAAAAUAAGUUCUUUCCGCUGUAGUCAGUCCCGACCGGUAGCAAUGGCUACAGCUCCAGCCAAUGGUGAUUCGCAGAGUGGCCCUCAGCGGAACUAUCAGGUUGUUGUUGCUGCCACUCGUGACUUGGGCAUUGGGAAGGAUGGGAUCUUGCCAUGGAAGCUUCUUGGUGACCUUAAGUUCUUCAAGGAGCUUACGCUUUCAACAUCUGACCCUGCCAAGAAGAAUGCAGUUAUAAUGGGAAGGAAAACAUGGGAGAGCAUUCCUGUUAAGUUGAGGCCAUUGCCUGGUCGUUUGAAUGUCAUACUUACUCGAUCUGGUAGUUUUGAUUUUGCAACAGUAGAAAAUGUCGUUAUCUGUGGAAGCAUGAAGUCUGCCUUAGAACUGCUAGCAUCAACUCCAUAUUGCUUAUCAAUUGAGAAAGUUUUUGUUAUAGGGGGUGGGCAGGUACUGAGGGAGUAUCUUAACGGGCCUGCAUGUGAGGCCAUCCAUCUAACUGACAUUCAGUCAAGCAUUGAGUGUGACACUUUCAUCCCCCCAAUUGACUUUUCAGUGUUCCAACCAUGGUAUUCAUCUUUCCCGAUGGUAGAAAGCAACAUUAGGCAUUCUUUUGUGACCUUUGUUCGUGUUAGAAAAUCACUGGCAGAAACUAAUGAUUCAAAUGGAAAGGAAUCAACUGAGGUUGAUAGCAAGAACGACAAGUUUGAAACAGAGAAUUUCUCUUUUCUCCCAAAGAUGAUAUUUGAUCGCCAUGAGGAGUAUCGUUAUCUUAAUCUUGUUGAAGAUAUUAUAAGGUCUGGUGCUCAGAAAAAUGACAGGACAGGAACAGGAACAUUAUCAAAAUUUGGGUGUCAGAUGCGGUUCAACUUAAGGAAAAAUUUUCCUCUGCUGACAACAAAGAGGGUAUUUUGGCGUGGUGUCGUCGAAGAACUCCUGUGGUUCAUCAGUGGUUCAACAAAUGCAAAGGUUCUACAAGGGAAAGGUAUUCAUAUCUGGGAUGGCAAUGCUUCAAGAGAAUAUCUUGACAGUGUUGGCUUGGCGCACAGGGAGGAAGGUGAUCUAGGUCCAGUUUACGGAUUUCAAUGGCGACACUUUGGUGCUGAAUAUACAGACAUGCAUGCUGACUACACUGGAAAAGGUUUUGAUCAGCUAAUGGAUGUGAUUGACAAGAUCAAGAACAAUCCUGAUGAUCGGCGAAUAAUUUUGUCGGCAUGGAAUCCUUCAGAUCUGAAGAAGAUGGCUCUUCCUCCUUGCCACAUGUUCGCACAAUUUUAUGUUGAGAAUGGGGAGCUAUCCUGCCAGAUGUAUCAACGCUCUGCAGACAUGGGACUUGGUGUUCCAUUCAACAUUGCAUCAUAUUCUCUCCUCACUUACAUGAUUGCUCAAGUUUGUGAUCUUUCUCCUGGGGAUUUUGUCCAUGUUAUAGGGGAUGCACAUGUCUACAGAACUCAUGUUCGAGCUUUGGAGGAGCAAAUUCAGAAGAUGCCUAAGCCAUUUCCAAUUUUAAAAAUAAAUCCUUCAAAGAAGGGUAUAGAUUCUUUCGUGGCAUCAGACUUCAAGCUGGUUGGCUAUGAUCCUCACCAGAAGAUAGAGAUGAAAAUGGCUAUAUAAUGGUGGCUCAACUGCUGUCACUAUUCUACGAGCUUGGCAAAAUUAGUCGGACUGCUACUAUACUAAAAAUUAACCGGACAUCGCACUAGCUUGUUUUUGGUGAUGGUGCCGAAUGUUCGUUCACUGGGAGAUGUUCCCCACCUCCGUGGCCUAUUUGCGAUUGUAAUCUGGUUGCCUUAUCUGAACUAUACAACACCCUCUCCCCUUUUACCCGGAGCCGGUGUUGAUGGCUCAUAGCGAGUGAGAGCUGCUUCUGGGCAACGCCCUGUUGCAAGGGUUGACCGGCGUGUGCCCCCGCGACGAUGUACUUCAUCUACCUCGUGAGAUACCCGUGUCAAUGAACUCGUGUACUUGGUAAAACUCUGAACUGUUUGAUGGCUACAUGUGUGUUUGUCCGGUCCA